AUGUCCCGUCCCUAUCGCUCUAAACGCCAUCGUCCCUGCGACCAAUGCCGCGAGCGAAAGCUUGGCUGUCAGACCGACGACGGCCUGCCCUGCAUUCGCUGCCGCUCCGCCGACAUCGCCUGUACUUUCGACCAUCCGCCGCCCAAACGCCCGCGCCGAGAGUCCUCCCAGUCGUCAUGGCUCUGGGAUGAGGUGACUCCAGACGAUCUCCAGCCCUCGACGCAACCGCUCGAGCAGCAGCAGCCGCCGCCCAUCGGUCAGACCUUCAGUCUGGAUGAUCUCCCCGUCGACGGCGUCUCCCCGGCAGUCUCCGGCCAACUCGUCUUCGGCCGAUCACCCACUCAGUUUGUGCAGUCGCUCGACCAGCUCCAGGGCUUCUCGGCCCAGCUGUUCGGGGCCUCUGCAGAAUCCGAUCCCUGGCUUCUACGUCACUGCUCGUUCGACGACGCCGGUGUCAAAUGUUUCUACAAGGUGCACUUCCGGAACGCCGGCGGCGUGCCCACCGCCGAGAAGAUCCCCGUGCACUUCAUGAUCGCCGCCGACGAGUUGGCCGACUCGGCCAAGCGUGAGACAUCCUGUCGUCUGCCGGCGGAUGGCAGCACGAGCUCGUCCUCGACCUCUUCACGCGACGAGCUCAACCGCCUCGUGCCCCCGGAGUACGGCCCGCGAUUGGUCGCCCUCUUCGUCAAGUAUGUGUACCCGGCGUUGCCGCUGCUCUCGCGCUCGCACAUGGGCCUGACCCCGAGUUGCUGGACCCCCCAGCCCUGGGUUCUCGAGCGCACGCCGGUGCAUCUCUUGGCCGCCAUCUACGCCUCGGCCCUGCCGUUCGCCGCCCACGACGACUAUUUGUGUGUGCUGCAGACCUACAGCGCGCCGCCCGCGCAUCGCCUCUGGCGGCUGGUCUACGAGCUCGUCGCCGAGGAGAUCCACACGCCGCACCUGGCCGUCCUGCAGGCCGCCGUGCUCUACCUGCACCGGCCCCUGGAUGACGCCCAAGCCAGCCGGGCCGACACGCCCUUCGUCUGGUCCUGGGUCGGCAGUCUCGUCGGCCUGGCCGAGUCGCUGGGCCUGCACAUCGAAUGCCGCAUGUGGGGGAUUCCUGCCUGGGAGAAACGCCUGCGGCGACGCCUCUGGUGGGCGGUCUACGCCGAGGAUAAAUGGCGCAGCUUGCUGCUUGGUCGGCCGCCGUACAUCCACGCCGGCGAAUGGGACGUCGCCGAGCUCGACGAUGCGGAUUUCCUGUAUCAUGCCCGAGGCACGGCGUCGGCGGCUUCGGCGGGCGUGACAGGAACGUUGGACCCGGUGCCGUUCCGCUAUCUGGUGGAUUUGUCGGCCAUCGCGGAGCAGAUCUAUAGCUCGUUUUACACCCUGCGCAAAUCGCAAUACCUCUCCGAACGAUUCCACGCCUCGCAUGACAUCGGCCGUCCGCUACUCGAACGCCUGAAUGCCUGGUACUCGUCUCUCCCCGAGAGCUUCCGUCUGCCGAACUGGAGCAAAUCCGUCAGCGGACUCGCUCCCUACCCUACCUCCAUCCACUUCGCGUACAUGAUCCUGGUCCUGUUCGUCUACCGCGCCCUACUAAGACCCAUGGCGCGGUCCUCCAGCCCCCCUCUCAUCUUCGAUCUGGAGGAGAUGCCGACGAAUCCGGACCCAGACCCGGCAGCUAACCCGGAGCUCGAUGCGUCGGCGGACGUCAACGCAGACGCGGCGGUCGACACCGAGGGCGACAAUCCGCCGCUGCUCGACUGCUUCGAUAUGCCGGAGAUCGAAUCCUUCCCGGCCGUCGACCUGACCGACCACGGCACCGGCGAGACGAUCCUGAACGCGGCGGAGCGGUGCGCGUCCAUCAUGGUGAGCUUCACACGACGGUUAACGAGCAGUGAUUUCGUAGGAUUCUGGUAUUCGUGGUCCCGCAUCUCCUUCGCCACCGUCUCGAACUUCCUCCUCCUUCUCCUAAUCCAAGCCCCCAACGCCGACCGCGCGCUGAAAGGCAAACAGCUCGUCGAGUCCUGGCUGCGCGUCCUGCGCUGCCAAAGCCAGAGCUUUCCGAUGAUGAAACUCGGCUUGACAAGACUCGACGCCGUGCAUUGGGUGGGGCUCGAGCAGACCUUCGUGCUGCCUGGUCAUGUGGCUGAGGUGAUCCAGAACAGGGCAGUUCCUACUACGUAG